GCUUUAGCCGCCAUUGUUUGAAUUUGAAAGGGAAAACAUUCCACCGCUGCUGGCUGGCCCGGUGGCCAGGCGUAGGCAACGUUUGCAGGUGAGGAGGUGACCCGGAAUGGACUCUAAUUUGAAUCAAGAGGGAGUACCGAGACCAUCUUACGUUUUUAGUGCUGACCCAAUUGCAAGGCCUUCGGGAAUAAAUUUUGAUGGCAUUAAGCUUGAUCUCUCUCAUGAAUUUUCCUUAGUUGCUCCAAACACUGAAGAAUCUAAAGAUUAUCUCCAGGUUUGUCUUCGAAUAAGACCAUUCACACAGUCAGAAAAAGAACAUGAAUCGGAGGGCUGUGUGCAUAUUCUGGAUUCACAGACCGUUCUGCUCAAAGACCCUCAAAGCAUCCUUAGUCGGUUAAGUGAGAAAAGCUCUGGGCAGAUGGCACAGAAAUUCAGUUUUUCCAAGGUUUUUGGUCCAGGAACUACACAGAAGGAAUUCUUUCAGGGUUGUAUUAUGCAGCCAAUAAAAGACCUCUUGAAAGGACAAAGUCGCCUGAUUUUUACUUAUGGGCUAACCAAUUCAGGAAAAACAUAUACAUUUCAAGGCACAGAAGAAAAUAUUGGCAUUCUGCCUCGAACUUUGAAUGUGUUAUUUGAUAGUCUUCAGGAAAGACUGUACACAAAGACAAACCUUAAACCACAUAGAUCCAGAGAAUACUUACGGUUAUCACCAGACCAAGAGAAAGAAGAAGUUGCUAGCAAAAGUGCAUUGCUUCGGCAAAUUAAAGAGGUUGUUUUGCAUAAUGACAGCUAUGAUACUGUUAAUGGAAGUUUAACAAAUUCUUUGAAUAUUCCAGAGUUUGAAGAAUCCAUGAAAGAUUGUGAACACGCUAGCUUGAAUAUGGAUAAUAAUAUAAAAUUUUCUGUAUGGGUUUCUUUCUUUGAGAUUUACAAUGAAUGUAUUUAUGACUUGUUUGUUCCUGUAUCAUCUAAAUUCCAAAAGAGGAAGAUGCUGCGCCUUUCCCAAGAUGUAAAGGGCUAUUCUUUUAUAAAAGAUCUACAAUGGAUUCAAGUAUUUGAUUCCAAAGAAGCAUAUAGACUUUUAAAACUAGGAAUAAAGCACCAGAGUGUUGCCUUCACAAAACUGAAUAAUGCUUCCAGUAGAAGUCACAGCAUAUUCACUAUUAGAAUAUUACAGAUCGAAGAUUCUGAAAUGUCUCGUGUAAUUCGAGUCAGUGAAUUGUCUUUAUGUGAUCUUGCUGGUUCAGAACGAAGCAUGAAGACACAGAAUGAAGGUGAAAGGUUAAGAGAGACUGGGAACAUAAACACUUCUUUAUUGACUCUGGGGAAGUGUAUCAAUGUUUUGAAGAACAGUGAAAAGUCAAAGUUUCAACAGCAUGUGCCUUUCCGGGAAAGUAAACUGACCCACUAUUUUCAAAGUUUUUUUAAUGGUAAAGGGAAAAUAUGUAUGAUUGUCAACAUUAGUCAAUGUUGUUUUGCCUAUGAUGAAACACUCAAUGUAUUGAAGUUCUCAGCCAUUGCACAAAAAGUUUGUGUUCCAGACAAUUUAAAUUCAUCUCAAGAAAAAUCAUUUGGACCUGUCAAAUCUUCUCAAAAUGUAUCACUAGAUAGUAAUUCGGAUAAUAAAAUAUUAAAUGUAAAAAGAGCCACCAUUUCAUGGGAAAAUAGUCUAGAAGAUUUGGUGGAAGAUGAAGAUUUGAUUGAGGAAUCAGAAAACACUGAAGAAAACCAAAAUGUGAAAACUGAACUUACUGAGGAAGAUCUAGAUAAAACAUUAGAGGAAGAUAAUGCUUUCAAUAGCCACAAGGAGAACAGAAAACUGUUGGAUUUAAUAGAAGACUUGAAAAAAAAACUGAUAAAUGAAAAAAAAGAAAAGUUAACCUUGGAAUUUAAAAUUCGAGAAGAAGUUACACAGGAGUUUACUCAGUAUUGGGCUCAACGGGAAGCUGACUUUAAGGAAACUCUCCUUCAGGAACGAGAGAUAUUAGAAGAAAAUGCUGAAUGUCGUUUGGCUAUCCUCAAGGAUUUGGUUGGUAAAUGUGACACUCAAGAAGAACCAACGAAUGGAGGUUGUGUCAUGAAAGUUGAAACUGAAGAAGCACAUGAUUAUGUAGGAUUUGAAGAUAUUAUUGAUUCUCUUCAAGAUAAUGUCGCUGAUAUUAAGAAACAGGCUGAAAUUGCUCACUUAUAUAUUGCAUCUCUUGCUGACCCCCAGGAAGCUCUUGCAUGUUUAGAACUAAAGUUUAAUCAAGUUAAGGCUGAAUUAGCUAAAACCAAAGAAGAAUUAAUCGAAACCAAAGAAGAGCUAAAAAAGAGAGAGAAUGAAUCAGAUUCAUUGGUUCAAGAGCUGGAGACAUCUAAUAAGAAAAUAAUUAUGCAGAAUCAAAGAAUUCAAGAAUUGAUAGAUAUAAUUGAUCAAAAAGAAGACACUAUCAACAAAUUUCAGAACCUAAAGUUUCAUAUGGAAAACACAUUAAAAGACAAUGAUAAGGCUGAUACAUCUUUAAUAAUAAACAAUAAAUUGACUUGUAAUGAAACAGUUGAAGUGCCUAAGGUCAGCAGAACUAACACCUAUUCAGACAGAAAAAGAUUAAAUGAAAAUGAACUUCAACAAGAUGAACCACCAGCAAAGAAAGGACCAAUAGAUGUUAGUUCAACUAUCACUGAAGACCAAAAGAAAAGAGAAGAAAUGCAACAGAGCAUUUCAGAAGAUAGGGAAGACAGAGUAUUACAAGAAAAUAAUGAAGGGCUGAAAACACUUUUACUCAGUGUUGAGAAUGAACUUAAAAAUGAAAGGGAAGAAAAAGCAGAAUUAAAUAAACAGAUUGUUGGGUUGCAGCAGGAACUUUCUGAAAAAAAGAGUUUAAGUAUAGAGGUCCAACAAAUUCAGUCAAAUUAUGACAAUGCAAUUGCUGAAUUACAUGUGCAAAAAGGUAUAAAUCAAGAACAGGAGGAAAAGAUCGUGAAAUUGUCAAAAGAGAUAGAAAUUGCUACAAGAAGUAUUACAAAUAAUGUUUCACAAAUAAAAUUAAUGCAAACAAAAAUAGAUGAACUACAUACACUUGAUUCUGUUUCUCAGAUCUCAAACAUAGAUUUACUCAAUUUCAGGGAUCUGUCAAAUGGUUUUCAGGAAGAUAAUUUGCUAAAUACACAGUUACAUCUUUUAGGUAAUGAUUACUUGGUGAGUAAGCAGGUUAAGGAAUGUUGUAUUCAAGAACUCAGUAGGGAAAGUGCUUUCCACUCUAGUAUUGAAGCUAUUUGGGAAGAAUGUAAGGAGCUUGUGAAGACCUCCUCCAAAAAAAGUCAUCAGAUCCAGGAACUGGAACAACAAAUUAAAAAAUUACAGGCAGAAGUAGAAGGGUAUAAGGAUGAAAACAAUAGAUUAAAAAUAGAGGAGAGGGAGCAUAAAAAUCGGACUGAGCUACUAAAAGAAAAAGAAAGUCUCAUACAGCAGCUGAAAGACAAAUUGCAAGAAAAAACCUUUAAUCUUGAUGUUCAAGCACAACAUGUAGUUGAAGGAAAGAGAGCACUUUCAGAACUUACACAAGUUGUUACUUGCUCCAAGGCAAAAAUAAAGGAACUUGAAACAAUCUUAGAGACUCAAAAAGAUGAAUGUAGGCAUUCAGCCAAGUUAGAACAAGAUAUUUUGGGAAAGGAAUCUAUCAUCUUAAAGCUAGAAAGAAAUUUGAAGGAAUGUCAAGCAAAUCUUCAGGAUUCUAUCAAAAACACCAAAGAUUUAAGUGAAAAGGAAAUCAAGUUGAAAGAAGAAAUCACGCAAUUAACAAAUAAUUUGCAAGAUGUGAAGCAUUCUCUUCAAUUAAAGGAAGAAGAAAAAGAAACCAUCAGACAAGAAACAGAAAAAUUGAAAGAGGAGCUUUCUGCAAGCUCUGCUCUUACCCACAAUCUGAAAGUGGAUCUUCACAGGAAGGAAGAAGAUUAUGCUGAGCUGAAAGAGAAACUGAGUGAUGCCAAAAAGCAGAUCGAGCAAGUACAGAAAGAGAUAUCUGUAAUGCGUGAUGAGGAGAAAUUACUGAGGAUUAAAAUUAAUGAACUGGAGAAAAAGAAAAACCAGUGUUCUCAGGAAAUAGAUAUGAAACAGCGAACCAUUCAGCAACUCAAGGAACAGUUAAGUAAUCAGAAAGUGGAGGAAGAAGCUAUAUACCAGUAUGAGAAAGUGUGCAAAGAUCUAAGUGUUAAAGAGAAAAUAAUUGAAGGCAUGCGAAUGACACUGGAAGAACAAGAACAAACUCAGGUAGAACAAGAUCAAAUGCUCGAGGCUAAAUUAGAGGAAAUUGAAAGACUGGCCACAGAAUUGGAAAAAUGGAAGGAAAAAUGUAAAGAUCUGGAAACUAGAAGUGAUCAAAGAUCAAAUAAAGAACUUGAGGACAGUACUGACAUACUUAGUAAAAAGCUCAGUAAUCUUGAAGAGGAGUUGCAGGAGUCUGAACAGAAAUAUAAAGCUGAUAAAAAGAAAUGGUUAGAAGAAAAAAUGAUGCUUAUCACUCAAGCAAAAGAAGCAGAAAAUCUGCGAAACAAAGAGAUGAAAAAAUAUGCUGAAGAUAGGGAGCGUUGUUUAAAGCAACAGAAUGAAGUGGAAAUACUAAAAGAACAGCUGACAAAGAAAGAUAACGACCUUAAAAAGUGGCGAGAAGAACGGGAUCAGCUGGUUGUGGCUUUAGAAAUACAGCUGAAAGCACUGAUUUCCAGUAACACACAGAAAGAUAAUGAAAUUGAACGGUUAAAAAAGAUCACAUCAGAGGCUUCUAAGACAGAAAAACAAACCAUGGAUAUCAAGCCCAGACAUAUUAGUUCAACAGAUCUUGGCAGACUUGAACUUGAACCUCAGUCAACAAGUUUGGAAAUUUCUAGGAAUGAAGUAGAGGAUGGAUCUGUAGUCCUUGACUCUUGUGAAGUAUCAACAGAAAAUGAUCAAAGUACUCGAUUUCCAAAGCCUGAGUUAGAGAUUCAAUUUACACCUUUACGGCCAAACAAAAUGGCUGUGAAACACCCUGGUUGUACCACACCAGUGACAGUUAAGAUUUCCAAGGCUCGGAAGAGGAAGAGUAAUGAAAUGGAGGAGGACUUGGUGAAAUGUGAAAAUAAGAAGAAUGCUACACCCAGAACUAAUUUGAAGUUCCCUGUUUUGGAGCAUCGAAAUUCUUCUGUCAAAAAGGAACACAAGGUUUCUACAUGUGCAUCAUCUAAGAAAACAUAUUCUUUACGGAGUCAGGCAUCCACAAUUGGUGUAAACUUGGCCACUAAGAAGAAAGAAGGAACUCUGCAGAAAUUUGGAGACUUCAUACAACGUUCUCCAACAAUUCUUCAAUCAAAAGCAAAGAAGAUAAUUGAAACAAUGAGCUCUUCAAAGCUCUCAAAUGUAGAAGCAAGUAAAGAAAAUAUGUCUCAACCAAAACGAGCCAAAAGGAAAUUAUACACAAAUGAAAUUUCAUCUCCUAUUGAUAUAUCAGGCCAAGUGAUUCUAAUGGACCCAAAACUGAAGGAGAGUGAUCACCAGAUUCUCAAACGACGACUUCGGAAAAAAACAGCGAAAUAAUCAGUUAUAGAAAACAUUUUAAUAUAAAUUUUGUAGUUAGAAUCAUUGUAACUUGCAUCUUGACUUUGUAAAGAUAAUUGUAUAUAUUGUGACACUUUAAAUCCCUCUGCAUAUAGAUUGUUAUUUUAUAUAUAGUAUAAUUUUAAUUCAAUAAAUAAGGCAAUAAUCAAUUUGCUUGUGUAGUUUUAUAAGGCUUUUAAAUAAUAGCUUCUUUUCAAACUGUGUGUGUUUCUCUAUUAUCUCAGGUACUGGAUCAGUGAAGAUUCUAGGAAACAUGCUGUUAUUAUUAUUUUUUUAUACAUGAUGUGACAGGUCAGGUAUUUGGUUUCCUUAUACUUAACUAUGUCUUAUGAGUUGUUUUUUACUGUAUCUGUUAGGAUGUAUAACUGAUUUUACAUAUCUGUUUGGGUUAUAGCUAGAAUUUAGGGAGUAAGUGUAUACUGGUCUUCUAUUUGCCAAAAUAUGUAUGCACAUUAUUUAGAAAAGAUCUCAAGUCUUUAGUUAGAAUGUCUUUUAUUUUUUAAUGAUUUAAUAGAGUUUGCUUUCAGAUUGUUUUCAGGACACGGAAGAUUAGAAAAUCAGAAAGGAAGAGGGGAUAGCAUCUAGAAGCCAAAACAGUGACAGCUAGAAAAUAAAUAUUAUUUUAGACUUGGAGGGACCUUAGAAAUACAUUUCUUCAUUUUAUAGAUGAGAAAACCAAGACCCACAAAGUUUACUUCUGCAAGGUCAUACCACCACGGUACAUUAAGGUAUUGGUUUUUUAUAAAACAUCAAUAGAGGCAAAAAACACAAAGCAGAAACCUCAAGAAUUGUUGCCAACUCAGGCUUUUAAAUCUAAGAACCUUAAAGAUUUCAUUGGAUUUUAGCGUUGUUUGCUUGAUUAUUAUAAUGAUGACCCUGAGUUGUAAGAAAAGUUAUCUUUGGUUCUUGUUUAGGAGGCACUUACAUUAUAGUUAGGGAAAAUUUCCAUUAAAAUAGUUAUAUUACACUUAGCCUUUUUGAAGCAUUAGAAUGUUUUCAUUAUGCUAUCUAGAAAAAAAAACUUGAUUCUCAUUAUUC